AGUAGAAUUAAGAAAGCCAGGAUAACAGAACAGUCGCGGCUUGACCUAGUUUAAUCAGUGCAUCCUGGCUUAAUCCGUUGCACGUUUGCUGAGCCAGGAUGAGAACGCGCGGAUAUGUUAAGCCAGGUGUAUAUAGUUUGGAUAAAUGCGCGUUCAUGGUAUUCUUAAAAAGAUCACGAAAUCGAUCACAGAAUCACCGAUGCAAAAAUGGACAAAACCCGUGCGGCAUACUUUUCGCCUAAUGAGCAACAGCUUCUUAUGGAAACGUAUGAAGAAGUGAAACAUAUAAUAUGUAAAAAAGGCAAUACAGCUGCUGUAAUAAAGCAAAGAGAGAAUGCCUGGCAAACAAUAGCGGACCGAUUGAAUGCAACAAACAUGUCUGGCCAAAAAAGGACUUGGCAGCAAGUCAAGAUUAAAUACAAGAAUAUUUUGCAGGCUGCCAUAAAAAAGAAAAGUCAUAUUACUGGUACGGGGGGUGGCCCUCCAACCCAAGACUUCACCCCAGCAGAGGAGCUGGCCCUGGACUUAAAUAAAGGGAAGCCAGUGAUUGAAGGGAUCCAGGGAGGGACAGCCACUGACUCUGGCCCAGCAAGGGAUACUGGCCUCUUCAUACAAUUGGCUGGUAACAGUCUUACACUUUUGGAUCCCCCAGACUAUGAUUUGCCGAGGGAAGCCACAUCUACAGCAGUGGAGUGCACUUCUGCCGAUGAUGAGACCGUGUCGCUGGACUCUAGAAGGCUCGAGGAUCCUGACAUUGGGCAGUCUGAUAAGCAGCCUGGUAACAUAAAUUCACAAACUGUCAGACAUCUCUACACAACACAUCUUAAGAGACAGAUCGAGCUUUCAGAAGUCAAGAUUGAUGUGAACAAAAGAAAGCUGCAGGACAUGGACCUUGACAUGCAAAUUAAACGCAAGACACUGAGGAAACUAGAACUGGAAAUCCAGAAACUACAAACAGAAGUAAGUGACUUCAGUUCAUACUGUAACCAUGACUGUAACCCAAUGUAUUAAUCAUCAUAAUUUGUUCUGUCCAAAGGUCCAAGCUGACAAGU